AUGGCGGGGUUCAAGGUGACGCGGAUCUCGGAGGGCCCGGUGAAGCCGGCGUCAGCGACGCCCGAGGAGACGCUGCCGCUGGCGUGGGUGGACCGGUACCCGACGCACCGUGGCUUGGUGGAGUCGAUGCACAUCUUCCGCUCCGGCGCGGACGUGGCGCCCGCCGUGAUCCGUGCCGCGCUGGGCAAGGCGCUCGCCUUCUUCUACCCGCUGGCGGGGCGCAUCGUGGAAGGGGAGCAGGCCGGGUGCCCCGCCAUCAGGUGCACCGCCGACGGCGUCUACUUCGCGGAGGCCCAGGCGGACUGCAGCCUGGAGGACGUGCGGUUCCUGGAGCGGCCCCUGCUGCUGCCCAAGGAGGACCUCGUCCCUUACCCCGGCGACGACCGCUGGCCUGUCGAGCCGCACAACACCAUCAUGAUGAUGCAGAUCACAAAGUUCACCUGCGGCGGGUUCGUGAUGGGCCUGCGGUUCAACCACGCGUCGGCAGACGGCAUGGGCGCGGCGCAGUUCAUCAACGCCGUGGGGGACAUGGCGCGGGGGCUGACGGAGCCCAAGGUGCUGCCCGUGUGGCACCGGGAGAAGUUCCCCAACCCGAACAUCAAGCCGGGCCCGCUCCCGGAGCUCCCCGUGCUGGCGCUGGACUACGUGGUGCUCGACUUCCCCACGCCCUACAUCGACGACCUCAAGAGGCAGUACAAGGCGCACAGCGGCAAGUUCUGCUCGGGCUUCGACGUGCUCACGGCCAAGCUCUGGCAGUGCCGCACCCGGGCGCUCGCCCUGGACCCCGCCACCGAGGUCAAGCUCUGCUUCUUCGCCAGCGUCCGCCACCUGCUCAAGCUCGACAGGGGUUACUACGGCAACUCCAUCUUCCCCGUGAAGAUGUCCGCGCCGGCCGAGAAGGUGCUCGCCUCCUCCAUCAUGGAGGUCGUCGACAUGAUCCGGGAGGCCAAGGACAGGAUGGCCGUCGAGUUCUUCCGCUUCGCCAAGGAGGAGACGGACCAGGACCCGUUCCAGAUGACCUUCAACUACGAGUCCAUCUAUGUCUCCGACUGGAGCAAGCUCGGCUUCUCUGAGGUGGACUACGGUUUUGGCCCCCCCAUGUUCGCCGGCCCGCUCGUCAACAAUGACUUCAUCGCCUCCGUCGUCGUCCUCAAGGCGCCGCUCCCGCUGGACGGCACCAGGAUGCUCGCCAGCUGCGUCACCAAGGAGCACUCUGAGGAGUUCGCCCGUGGCAUGAAGGAAGACCUGCCCUGA